CAAUACUAGCCUGUGCAAGGAUUAGAACUUGAGGAGAUCAAGGCCCUAACCGUCCACAACCACAAUGAAGUUUCUUCCUAUCAGCUUUCUCGUCUUGGCUUUGGCGACUGCCACUGCUUUUGCUUAUGACCCGAGUCCUCUUCAGGACAUAUGCGUGGCCACUAAUGAUCUGAGCUCUGGAGUAUUCGUGAAUGGAAAGUUCUGCAAGGACCCGAACCAAGCCUCGGCUGAUGAUUUCCUCUUCACGGGGUUCAGGAAUCCUGGAAACACUUCGAACCCGCUCGGAUCAAAAGUCACAACAGCUUUUGUUGACCAAUUUCCAGGGCUCAACACUCUGGGAAUAUCCAUGGCUCGCCUCGACUUUGCUCCCGGCGGCCUAAAUCCUCCCCACACUCACCCUCGUGGCACUGAGGUUCUAGUUGUGGUGGAGGGUACGCUAUUGGUUGGUUUCGUCACAUCCGACCAAUUAAACAACACUCUCUUCACCAAAGUCCUGUACAAGGGGGACGUGUUUGUGUUCCCUAUCGGUCUCAUUCACUUCCAGUUGAAUAUCGGAAACACGUACGCGUUGGCCUUUGCCGGUCUUAGCAGCCAAAACCCUGGACUCAUUACCAUUGCUAAUGCCGUCUUUGGAGCAAAGCCACCCAUUUCUGCUGAUGUUCUCACCAAGGCCUUCCAAGUGGACAAGAAGGUUGUUGACUAUCUACAGGCACAAUUUUGGUAUGACAACAACUAAGAGAAUCUAUGACCAACAUAAGUUGCCUGGAAUAAUUGAAUUACAAAAUUUACCUUGUUACCAUAGGUGGUUGCUAUACACACACAAUUAAUCUAUGUAUCUCACAUAUGACUGAUUCAAAUAAAACAUUGUUACCUCUCUCUUUCUC